UUCCCGUGAUGCCAGGGGCCGGUAUAGCAUGGCGACCUGCUGCUUGCUGCAGUUUGUGCUAGUGGUUGCGGUGUCAGGUUGGGAGCUGCCCGCGCUCCCUUGUAGCUUGUACAGCCGGUGUGAGUGCGACUUCCAGCCCGACCUACUGGCGUUGGAUUGUGACUUUGCACGCAAUGUGUUUGGCCAGCAUCUGGCACGGGAACUGCUAGUUAAAGCCUUGACGGACUUUCUGGAGACAGAGGAGCCUUCAAAGCCCCUGGUUUUAUCUUUCCAUGGCUGGAGUGGCACAGGAAAGACUUUAGUGAGCUCCCUGCUUGUGAAUCACCUGUUCAGAGAUGGAAGCCGAAGUCCUCAUGUUCAUCGCUUCUCCCCAAUCCUGCACUUUCCUCAUAUCGAUAGAAUAAAGAGCUACAAGGAGGAUCUGAGACACUGGAUCCAGGGCAACCUCACCGCCUGCGGACGCUCUCUCUUUCUGUUUGAGGAGAUGGAUAAAAUGCCCCCAGGGCUGAUAGAUGAGAUUGUGCCUUUCCUCGGCCCUGAUUGGGUGGUGUACGGAUCCAACUACAGGAAAGCUAUAUUUCUAUUCAUCAGCAAUGCUGGUGGGGAGGAUAUCAAUCGGGUGGCAUUUGAGGCCUGGCAGAAUCGCAAAGACAGGGAAGAGAUUCAGUUGCGUGAUGUGGAAUCCAUCAUUUCCAACAGCGUCAUCUCUAACCGCAAUCAUGGCUUCUGGAAUUCGGAGAUCAUACAUGGUAAUCUCAUAGACGUGGUGGUGCCUUUCUUGCCGUUGCGUCCCAGCCAUGUCAAGCAGUGUAUACGGAACGAGAUGAAGCAGCAGGGAAUAGAGCCAGAAGAGGACAUUGUACGCUCUAUCGCAGAGAACCUUAUUUAUUUUCCAGAAGGCGAGCAUGUCUUCUCAUCAACGGGCUGUAAAACUGUGGCCUCUCGGAUAAGCUAUUUCUUGUGACUCUCUUGAAACUCAGAGACUUUAAUAAAACCGUUAUGGAAAACUGUGGUAGCAGUGAUAAGGUGGCUUUCUCCUGGCUCAUUGCCAAAUGUAAUGAUCCUCAUAUCUGACCUACUGGAUCUGGAUUGUUGUGUCUAUGUACAACGUAUCAGUUGUGCUUAUCAUAUAACCCCUUGGUAAUCCGCUGUAUUAGUGGAUGCAAACUCUGUACCUUAAAUAAUUAGUAGCUGUAGGAGCCAAAACUGCCUCAUAAGAAUAACACGGUUAUAGGGGUCAGGAAUAUUGAGGUUGGUGCCAGAUUACGUAACCACUUUGGCACAGAUUACAAGUGGCUUGCUAAUGCUAGAGUGGGACUUAAUAAGCAGUAUGUAACAUUAGCGCACAACUUGAUAUUACAAGUCUAUGGUAACUCAGAUUUCCAAGAAGGUUUAGAGCGACAGACAUCGCUUUAGCGCACCGGUUACAUUCUAUGAAUAUUGUGACUGCACUAAAUAUAUCUGAUAUUACAUGUUGAAAUGUAAGGGUUGCACUAUAAGAAUUAGAGACCUGAAGUGAACUGUAAGGGUUUAAGAAAAAAAUAAAAAUAAAGAAAAAUCACAAAACAAAAGUAAAAUAUUAAAAUAAAGUAUUACACUCAUAAAUACACAUUUUAAUAAAAAGAUAACAUUCAUAUUGAUAAAAGGGUUAAGGUGUGUAUGUAUGUAUACACACACUCUACAUACAUAUAUAAACACACACACACAAUACAUACGCACACGCGUGCACACACACUACAUACAUAUAUACACACACAAUACAUGCAUAUGGACAACAUACGAUUGGUGCACACAGACACAACCUUCUGUACGGAGCAGAUCAUACAGAUUAUUUUUAAGGUACGUUUCUUCAAAGACAUUCGUUAAGGUGAUUUCUCUACAAUUUUCCUUAAAAAAAUGAUUCUACUGGUGUGUAGUAAAUCAUCUGUUAGAGGACAAAAUCAGGGGUGUAUCACCCCUCUAGUUUUAACUUACAAUGAAGGAAUUCUGAUUAUUUUAUUAUGUGUUCAUAUUUCAUUCCAGGAUAACAAAAAAUAAUUUAUUUUGUUCAAUAAAAUUAUAAAAAUGA